GAGCAACCGCGUUUUAUUCAAUUCAUUUUGCACUUUUCCUCUUUAGCAUCGUUCGUCACAUUUAGAAGAAAGGGCCUGACUUCUGGGUCUUUCUCUCUUUUGUCGCCCACCAUACAUAUUCUUUACUUCUCCUCUCCAUCUUCUUCUUCUUCUUCCUCCUCCUCCUUCUCCACUUCAACUCUAAAUGCGAAGAAAAUGCAAUGUCCCAGCAACUCCUUUCUCUACAAUGCUACACAAUGCGAGUGCAACCCUGGUUACUUGUUCAACUUCACAAGUAGAAUAUGUUAUUUGUUUAAUGAAUGGGGUCCUGUGGAGAGUGAUUCUGGGGUUGAUUAUCGCUCCUUAUCAUUCCCUGGGAGUGGUACCCUUUUCGAUUUUGAUUCAAUUAGGAGGCUAACUCAAUCGCAAGCUGUUUUUCUUGAAGCUACACUUAUAAUGUUGCUUUCUUGGCUUUGUUUCUGUUUUUUUGCUCGUUGUGCUCCUCUUGGUGAUGGACGUUCCAUUUGGUUCAAGAUCCGAUGGUGGAUUAGUCGACUUGAUAUCUGCUUUGCAUCCCGUCACUGGCUUGAUGACCAGAAGGUAGUCAUGAAGCGGAAAACAGAGCUUGGCGGAACUUUUUCAAUAGCUAGUUGGAUACUUUUUAUUGGUCUGUUUGCUGCUUUGCUGUACCAUAUAAUAGCAAAGAGAACUAUUGAGAUGCACAAUGUGAGAGCAACAAAUGCACCUGAUUUAGCUGCUUUUAUAAACGAUUUGGAGUUCAAUAUCACUACCAUCUCAAGUAUGAGCUGCUUACACUUACGUGGCCUUGGAACUAUGGUAACUGGGAAUCCUGGCUUGAUUGACUAUCGAUUUGCUCCUCUGUCAACAUUUGCCAACUAUUCCUGUAUAAACACAACUAAGGGACCAACCAUCAUGCUUAAGUGCAGCAGAUGUCCACUUAGCCAGGACAAUGCCUAUAUUUCAUGGCAAUUUGUUGAUCUCCCAAAUAGUCCUGCAGCAGCUGCUGGAUUUCAGUUCAAUCUAACAGCAAAAGAUCCUAAAAAUAAGAAACAUCUUAGCAUGGUCAGUGGAACACUGAGGAAUGGAAGCAAUUUUGACAACAAACCAGUUACAUUUAGAGGGCUGACCCCAAAUAUAUUGAAGUUCAAUUUUUUCCCGAGAAUGUACCAUAAUUUGCAUGACCUGAAGCUCAUCCAACCACUACUUCAUGAGUUUCUCCCAGGUUCAUCUUUUAAUGAGAUAAGUCAACUCCAAGCAUCACUCGAAAGCCCUAAUGAUGGUCUAAUCAACACGACAUUGUAUGUCAACUUCCUAUCUUCGUAUAUUGUUGAGAUCAAGAAUCAAAAUAUUAUGGGACCUGUAAGCUUCCUUGCAGAUGUUGGUGGCCUUUAUUGCGUCAGUAUUGGCCUCUUCUUCUACAUUUUGGUGCAGUGUGAAUAUAGGAUAAAGAAAUUGCGCAAUGAAGAUAGUGUGAUGCGUAAGGUUAGAAGUCGCCGAAAAGCUCAAGACCGGUGGGAUAAAUUGAGGAAAUAUGUGAUGUACACAUACGCUCCUAACCAAUUGGAAGAGGAGUACGACAUGAGAAAUGAUGGUUGUUGCACAGGUGUCAAGAUGGAAUCACUCCACAGGAAGAGCUCUUCAGUUAGAGGAAAAGGGUCUAGCAGAUUAGAUACCAUCAGUUUUAGCAGAAAAGUUGGCUUACCUAGUGAGAAGAGAGCCACUCCAGAGAAGAUUGAUACUCGAAGUGCCACACAUUUUUUGCCUGAACCUGCAACAGAUCUCCAAAAGAGUACACAUCUGAAGGAAGAAAGAUUCCAAGAAAAUGCUGUACCUCCAAACACAAAAGGUAGUAAACCUGAAGAUGUAGUUGCUCCAGAUGUAGAGAAUGCUCUCGAGGCUCCAGCUUUUCCUGCAGCUAAUGACGUAACUGUUCCACCUCUGCCUCCAUUGAAAUUGCAGGCUGGUGAUCAUAUAAGUAUGGCCAAUCUCCACAAAGAUCUCCAAAACCUCUAUGAAUAUAAUAUGAUGCUCAGGGACAAGUUGAUUGCUGCGCAGUCAAUGCUUCAUUCAUUAGCCAACAAGGAGUCGACUUUAGCAUCUGAUAAUGGCGAUAUUAUUACUAGAGAAUGAUUAUGCUCAAUUAAGGUUGUAGGUGUGCAGAUGAACGAAGGCAAGAAAUAGCUGCUUACGUAUCUGAACAUUCAAAAUUCUGUUCUCUUGAAUGUUCUUUGAGUGCAGAUGUUACUGACUUUGCUCUCUGUGGAGUAGCUGUUGAUAAUACUUUGUUAGUAGAACAAGUACUGAAUGCAAUACUCCAAGGUAUGAAGUGCUUUCCUCUGUGCUGCACAUUACGGAUUCAGAUGCAUUAUGAGGAUCGUUGUAGUGGCUGAAGCCUGUGUCUUCUGUUUGUUGUGUAAUUUCAAUUUAGCAAGGAGUUUAUUCUUUUGGGACAGGAUUGUGUUCCUUAGUGAGUUAAAAAUCUGAAUGUACAUUAUGUAGGAGUAGGACAAUGAUUUUAAGAAAAUUUGAGUACAAUGAUAUUAGUUUGCAUUGGAUAGUAGUUAUUAAGCCAUGUAAAUCUACCCGAGACAGUUCUGCAGAAAUGCAUUUGGUAUUCCUUA